UAGUAAGGCCCAUAGUGUGUGUGUUUUGUGUUAACAAGCGAUUAGUCUCCUUCAAGCACUCUCUGUGUAAGUAUUUUCCUCUAAAAAGUAGUAAGGCCCAUAGUGUGUGUGUUUUGUGUUAACAAGCGAUUAGUCUCCUUCAAGCACUCUCUGUGAAAUUAUACAAUGGCGCUCAUGGUGUUCGGAAAUCCCAUUACUAAGGAAACUUUGAAGGGAAUGCCUGAGUACCAGAAUAAGAUAACAAUAACACGCACAGAUAAAGCGCACGUGGCUCUCAAAAUGAAAAAGGAAACCGAAGCUCGAGCUUUGGAGUAUAUGGAGAACCUGAAAAAGGAAAAGUCUGAUUGUGAUGGUGGAGUCAUCACAUUUGGAGAGAUUUACAAUGAGACUGGGGGCACUAUAAGAUUUUCAGGCCAACAUGAUUUUUCUGGGAAAUUAGCUGCAGAGAGCACGUAUCCAGGCAAAAUAAAAAAUGGCCAGUGCGGUGUUUUUAUCCAUAAGGAAACUUCUGGAAAGACUAGUGGAUCGUGUGGAGCUGUUGUGUAUUGGGGCAAAAACAAGGUUGAGGAAGCCUGUGAUUGGAUGUUGUCUUGGUCCAACCCAACCGAUGGGGACAAUAAGGUCUUUACCAACAUUGAUGAACACGGUCACUAUAAGCGAAAAUCCAACGACCCUAUUUGGAAUCAUGUCUAUGAAGAGUUGAGCACGUCUGGCACCACCAGUGAACGUGAUUGGAAUGGUUGCGACUCAUCUAUGAGAUCUACUUCUAGUAAUAAAGUGACAAACGGCGUAGAUGUGCAUGCAACAGUGAAACUAGCCACAGCUUAGGCCUAAGAAGUUGCGAUCUGCGACCCAGUCAUACAUGAUGAUAUCUUUUGGAGUAAUGUGUGGAGUAUUAAUGUCUUUCAUAUGGCAGUAUGUAAUAAAUAAUUUUCCCUAUGGGAAGCUUCUCCUUUUAAAUUAGUAAGCAUGUUAUAAUUAUAAAUAAUGUUAUCAUCACGUGCUGAAAUGACUGGUAACUAAAUGUAAUGUUUUUAUCAUAUGAAUUCAAUAAAGAAGAGAAGGUUUCCCCUUCUCAGUUGUGUGCCAA